AUGCAUGGUGUUAUUAUCGAGACAAAUAUCAAUAGGGAUGACGACGGUGGUUUAUAUGCAGAAAUUAUCUACAAUCGCGCUUUUCAAGAAAAAGGUCGAUCACUCGAUGGAUGGUCAUCAUUUGGACAAGGAUCAAUUGCUCUUAAUACUUCCCAACCUUUGUCCAGCGCUUUACCGGUUCAUUUGAAAUAUUCGCUCAUUGAAAACUCAACUUCACCUUCUGGUUUCAGAAAUAGUGGCUUUUAUGGCAUAAAUAUUCAAGUUCAAAACUAUACAGCACGCUUCUUUUAUCGAUCAUUAGGAGAAGCAUAUGUAGCAGAUGGUCAACUAAGUAUUGGAUUCAGUGACUCAACUGGCCAAAUUACAUAUGGCAUAUCUAAAAUCGAUGUAUCCAUAGCUCCUGCUGACAAUUGGUUCCCUUUUUCUUUUACUAUUCCUGUCUUUAGUAAUACUUCAUCCGCCAAAAACUUUUUCUUCAUUGAAUUUCCUCCAGGUUCCAAGGGUGACUUUGAAUUUAAUCUUGUUUCCUGUUUUCCACCGACUUACAAAGAUCGAGUCAAUGGUGCUCGUAUGGAUAUUGCACAAGUUUUUGCUGAUUUAAAACCUGGCUAUGUUCGACUUCCAGGUGGUAAUGAUCUUGAAGGUCCUACCAUUCUUGAACGCUUUAUUUGGAAUAAUACUAUUGAUCUUCUUGAGAAUCGUCCAGGACGACGAGGAACAUGGACAGGCUAUAAUACUGAAGGUUUUGGACUGAUUGAAUUGUUAACUUUUGUUGAAGAUAUUGGUGCAACACCUAUUCUAGCAGUUUACGCUGGAUAUUCAUUAGAUGGAAAAGCGGUACCUCAAGAUGAACUUCAACCUUAUAUUGAUGAAGUUAUCAAAGAAUUGGACUUUUUGACUGCCUAUGCAAGUAACAAUAGUAUGGGUGCUCUACGCGAACAUUUAGGUCGUAGUGAACCAUUUGAUAUUAGAUACGUGGAAAUCGGUAAUGAGGAUUUUUUUGCUGCAAGUUCAUACAGUUACCGUUGGUCAGCUUUUUACAAUGUUCUUUCUCAACGAUAUCCUAAUAUUACUUUUAUUGCUACGACAACCAAAUCUAUUAACUCUCCACCAGCUGUUGAUGAUCAUGAUUAUCAAGUGCCAUUGUUUUUUAUACAAAAUUUUCGUCGUUAUGAAAAUAUUCCUCGGCCAAGUCCAAAAGUACUUGUAGGAGAAUUUUCAGUCAUCAACGAUGAUGAUUCACAAAUUAAUNAAGUACGGCCGUUUUCCGAAAAAAUUGGAGGAUAUAUGCAGUUUUAA